AUGCACAAAAAUAUAGAGAAGAAGGAACAGGGAAAUACAUACGAACAAGUUAGACUAGCUGAGAUACAAGAGCUGAGGAUACUUGCAAUAGAAGAAUACAAGGAAUAUAUAAAUUUAAUCAAAAAUACAGAAUUACAACAAACAAAAUUGCAGCUGAAUUGGUCUAAAUUUCAUUUAUUUUAUGAACAAAAUAAGUUCGACACAUUUGGUUCUUUUGUACAAGGGGAUUGUCGUAAGAACAGGGAAAAUAAUCUUGAAUGGGUGGAAAAAAAAAAAAAAAAAAAAAAAAAAAAAAAUUAUUCGAAUUAUAAAUCCAUUGAAGAUGAUUUAAAAAUAAUUAAACAAAAGGAAAAACAAAAUGACUGUUAUUAUUUUAAAGCACACCAUAACAACAAUAAUAACAAGCAAUUCAUUUUACACAUUUUAAAAGAAAUUCCCAAUGCAGUGGAAUUAUACAUAAACAUUAAAAUUGAGACAAUUAAUAAAAUAAAAAAUCGCAUAUUAACCGAUAUGAACCAUUUUUGCAAAACCAGAUUGAAUAAAAUUAUUUUCCUAAUACUCCUGAGUGAAAUAAAAUUAAAUAAUUUACAAAUUCGUCAAAAGGAUGUUAAUCAUGAGGAAAAUAAUUUAAAUAUAUCCUUGACAAAAAAUAUAAUUCUUUUUUGUCAAAAACUUGUUGAAGAAAUUACAAAAAAUUUAAUUCCUUUUUUCUUUUCAUUCAAUAUAUUUUCAUCCCCUGAUUAUUUUAAUUAUCACUUUGAACAUUUCCACCAACUUGUGGAGAAUAUUGGACACAUUUCUUAA